AAGUAACGUUAGGAUCCACCCCACCCACCACUAUUUAUAUCUCAAAUGGAACACUCCACCCAUUGCAUCUUCAUUUCUUGUGUGUUCAUUGAUCAUAUAUUCAUGGCGAAAAAUGAUUUGAAAAUAUUAGGUGCAUGGCCUAGUCCAUAUGUAAUGAGGCCACGUAUAGCACUUAACAUCAAAUCUUUGGCCUAUGAUUUCUUGGAGGAACAAUUUGGUACUAAAAGUGACCUUCUCCUUAAAUCAAAUCCAAUUUACAAGAAAAUUCCAGUUCUAAUCCAUGAUGGAAAGCCAAUUUGUGAAUCUCUAAUCAUUGUUCAAUAUAUUGAUGAAAAUUGGACUAAUUCUGGUCCUUCUAUUCUCCCUUCUCAUCCUUAUGACCGUGCUAUUGCAAGAUUUUGGGCCACUUAUAUUGAUGAUAAGUGGUUUCCAUCAUUGCGCGGCAUAGCAGCAGCACAAGGAGAGGACGCAAAAAAGGCAGCAACGGAGUUGGUGGUCGAAGGCCUGGUAUUGUUGGAAGAUGUCUUCAAGAAUAGCAGCAAAGGCCAAAAGUUCUUUGGUGGUGACACAAUUGGGUACUUGGACAUUGCCCUUGGCUGCUUCUUGGGUUGGCUGAGGGUGACUGAGAAGAUGAACAACGUAACGCUGCUUAAUGAAUCCAAGACUCCGGGUCUGUACAAAUGGGCUGAAGAUUUUUGUGCUGAUAGUGCUGUCAAAGAUGUCAUGCCUGAAACUGAUAAGCUUGCUGAGGCUGCUAAGGUCAUUAUGUCUAAAAUGAGAGCCCAAGCCUCUAGCUAAAUUCGUAUGUUCUUCUGCUUUUGAUCAAGAUGUGUGUCUUGGUAGUUAUUUUCAGUCUCUAGUUAAGAUGAUGUAUGAGCACAACAUUUGGUCUUUGAAAGGACCAAACAAAAUGCAUUGUCCUUGUGUAAUAAGCUAUUCAGAAAUGAGUAGAUGAAGCCAAUUGUACCA